UCGUUAUCGCUUUUGGGGUACCUUUGUUGUUUACCUUUUGCUCAUUACCAUUUUGGACGCCAACGCGAAAAUAUACAAAUUAUGAGCGCUGAAAUAUCCGGCUUCCGCCGUUUCCUGCACUGGGGCCCAAUUACCGCCCUAAGCAUCAUUAAAUGUAUAACUCUGACGACGCUCUAUAUGAACUCGAUGUGGUGGCCGCCAAAUGAAUCAUUCGCUGGAUUCGCCCACCAGGCUCUGUUUCUGCUCCUCUCCACGCUGGCCACAUUUAAUUACGUCAUGGCCACGUUGACAGGUCCCGGACUGAUGCCAAAACAGUGGCAGCCCAAGGAUCCCAAGGACGCCGAGUUCCUGCAGUACUGCAAAAAAUGCGAGGGCUACAAGGCCCCACGCUCCCAUCAUUGUCGCAAGUGUGAUCGCUGCGUCAAAAAAAUGGAUCACCACUGCCCGUGGAUUAAUCACUGCGUUGGCUGGGCCAACCAUGCAUACUUCACCUACUUCCUGCUCUUUUCAAUUCUUGGCAGCUUGCAGGGCACCGUGGUGCUUUGCUGUUCCUUCUGGCGCGGCAUAUACCGCUACUACUAUCUUACUCAUGGACUAGCGCACCUGGCCAGCGUUCAGUUCACAUUGGCCAGCAUCAUUAUGUGCAUCUUAGGCAUGGGCUUGGCCAUCGGCGUCGUUAUCGGCCUUAGUAUGCUACUCUUCAUUCAGCUAAAGACGAUUGUCACCAACCAGACGGGUAUUGAAAUCUGGAUUGUAGAGAAGGCCAUAUACCGGCGAUAUAGAAAUCCCGACUGUGACGAUGAGUUCCUCUAUCCCUACGAUCUGGGCUGGCGCCAAAAUCUGCGACUGGUGUUUAAUGAUGAAUGCCAGAAGCGAGGCGAUGGCAUUGAGUGGCCCGUGGUGAAGGGCUGCGAUCAGUACACGUUGACGCGGGAACAACUUGCACAAAAGGAGGAAAAGCGAGCUCGUACCCGCACCUUCAGAUGCAUCAGACCCGUAACUGGACGCUGGCUGCCAAUCUUCUCACAGGGUUGGCGGGUUUGUGUAUCUGCCCCGUGUUCUGAUGAGCCCCGCAUUCGACUACGACCCGACGAUAUAAUUAGGGUCACCCGUUUCCGCAACCACUGGUUGUUCGGCGAACGGGUGCCCUCCGAAGAGGAACUAACUGGCGAUAAGAAACGUCAGCGUAAGGGUCACAUCCGCGGCUGGUUCCCACGUCGCAGCGCCGUCGAAGUCAUCGAGGCGGUCCAGGAGUGCAGCGGCGAUAGCAACAGUGAGGAACCAGCAUCUCCUGCCCAGAAUGGUAAUGCCCACAACCACUUAAAGCAGCAGCAGCGAAACGGGCACGCCAAGAAGUACAUGUAGCCCGUGGAUCGGGCAAGGAUAAACUCAUGGCACUCUUUGCUAAUUCCGGCUUGUAAAUAGAAUUAGAUACCGCUUGGAGACAUGACUGUUUCACGCUUAAAGAGCCCCUCGCCGCGUUUAGUUUGUUAACACUGUUGACCAAUAACAUAAAACGGUAAACGUUGGUGUCUGAUGUUGAUGUGAAUCGAAGUUAAUCAAGUUGUGUAUCAGCAGAUAACGCUAAUCUUUUAUAGAUAGUCAUUGCACCAUAUUCUCCAUGCGAACAAUAAAUAUGUAUAUGUAAAAAUUA